AAGAGUAGAUCAUCUUAGUUUUCAGACGAUCUCUGCACGCCAUCAAUCAAACGACAACCGGCAAUGCACGUGCGUUGGACACGCCCACCGUCUUCCAGAGAAGCCGAACGUGAACGUUUUUGUGAAAGCGUUGGUGAUGUUUCAAGCAAGGGGAUCAUUUCAAGGAUCCAUGGGAUCCCCAUUUGCAAAAACCCUCAUGAAGAAUUUGCCUGCGAAGCCGGGACUGACUGAAUCGUAUGAACCCCUGCCAGCCUCCAGUGAUCCAAGUGAAGAUGUCUUUCGCCAACAAUCGAAAGGUUAUCCUGUCAAGCCAAAAGUCUCACCCAAAAAGCUACUUGAAAGGUACAGGCAAGGCGAGAUGAAUGGCGUGGCUUUACUCCAUCAGCUUGCCCAGGUUUUACAGUUCCACCUAGAAAUAAAGGAAACGGUGACCACAGGUAACAUACAAGGCUUUUAUUUUGCCUUCUGUGUGGUGAUCGAUGGGGUCGAAUACAAGACCGGCAUGGGAAUGACCAAGAAGGAGGCGCGGCUCAAAGCGGCGGUGCUAGCUGUGCAGGACCUGCUGCCCACCUGGGAAAACCUGAAUUCUGUCUUACCUGAAGUAUCAGGAGUCCCUCCACCCCUGCCAGUAAAAGAGAAGUCCUCUAUCUCUGACUUCCAUCCUCAAAGAGCCAUUCACGAAAGGAAGAAUUCUGUGAACCUCCAUAUUCCACAUGCUGUGAGGGAUCAACUCACAAAACUGAUGAACAGCCACCCUGAGUUCUCUGCUUGUGCUGACACCACAGCAGCAUUCAUCAUUCAAACCUCUGGGGAAUGUGAGGUGGUUGCUUUCGGCACCGGGAACUUUAAUACCAAAGCAAAUGCCUCGACCAGUGGGAGGAUUGUGCAUGAUUCGCAUGCGGUGGUAACUGCAAGGAGAUCACUUAUGAGGUUUCUGUACCGGCACCUGCUGAUGUUCUUCAGCAAAACGGCCAAUCUGAAGGAGAGGUCUGUCUUCCAGCACAGCAGCAGUGGCCUUCUCAGCCUGAAGAGCGGCAUCACCCUCCAUCUUUAUGUGAACCAACUGCCAAAGGGUGCUGCUCAGAUUCCUUCCAAGUUGCGUCUAAACCCACUCUCCAUUUCUGCAUGGCAAGUCAACAAUGAAAUCAGCCUACACCUGUCAGUGGAGGGCAAGGUGUUCUCAGUUUUCUCUUCAGCCUUUGAUCACUCUGCCUCCAAGGUGGUCAGCAUGUCCGCCACAGACAAGCUCACUCAGUGGCAGGUGCUGGGAUACCAGGGAGCCUUGCUCAGCCACUUCAUUGAGCCUGUUUAUGUUGAAAGCAUCCUCGUAGGUGACUCUGGCUGUAGUGAUAUCCGUGGCAUGGAGAUCUCUGUGAGCCAGCGCGUGGAGGGGAUCACCUCCCAGCUGCCCACAUUCUACUGCAUGAUGAGGCCCCACAUCAGCCUGGUGCCGUCUGUAGCUACCGACAGCACAGACCGUGGAUAUUUUACCUAUGGUAUCAACUGGAGUGAAGGAGACAGCUCCCUGGAGGUUGUGGAUGGCCUGGAGGGCAAGACAGUAGAGGAAUCUCCCUUUAAGAGUGGCUCUGCUCUGGCAAGCCGUCUGUGCAAAGCAGCAAUGCUGCACCGCUUCAAGUUGGUGGCCAAAGAGGCCCAGAGGCAGGACCUGCUGGCCACAAGCUCCUACAGAGAAGCCAAGAGGAUGGCAAAGCCGUACCAGGAGGCGAAGAACAUGCUGAGGGCGUACCUGUUACAGCAGGGCUUUGGGUCCUGGCUGGUCAAGCUUUCUGUUAGUGAUAACUUUAGCAUGUGAAGGAAACCACAUCUGAGGAAAAAACAGUUACACUGCAGAAGCAAUUGUACGCUACAAUUAUUAAAACUAAGUUUAGUUUGUUAGAAGCACUUUUCUGUGUUGGUAAUAAGCGGUUUCUGGUGUCAUUUCUAAAGGGGCAAGGUUUCAAUUUUAUGUAUCCUUUUAUGUUUGUGAACUCUGUCUGUGACCUUAUACCCUGAGUGUUAUGUUCAAUUUUCAAAAGAGGAACAUAAAUGAAUAUAUAUAUAUAUAUAUAUAUAUAUAUAUAUAUAUAUAUAUAUAUAUAUAUAUAUAUAUAUAUAUAUAAAGCCAUAACGAACCUUUAUUAGGAUAAUGAUUCUACUUAAGUUGAUGAGAGCAUGCCCUGCUUGCGUUGAUGUAUUUUAUUCUUUAGUAUAAUGGAAAGUAUAACAAAGAAUGGGGCUGUUACAUAUGACAAGUACGUUAUAUCAUUAUUGUUGUUUAUAAAAAAGACCUGAGUUCGGUCUCAGUAGAUUUACUGUUUGUGUUUUCAUCUCUUAGGGACGAAUAAGUCUUGGUGCUUAAUCACUGUUCUCUACUCUACAGUGCUCGAUUUGAGCCUUGAUAAACAUGGCGAAAUCAAGGAAAUAAAUCAAUAAAACAAAUCAAUCCAAACUCAAAUGCUGGAGUACAGAGCAUGUUUUAUUUUGCACAAAAUGCCACAAUGAUAAAUACACACUGCAAUGGCAAAAGUUUAUCACUGGCAGUAUAUCUAAACAUCCACCCAAACAGAACUUUUUUUUUUGAAUAAGAAAUUUGCCAGCAUUUGAUGAUUGAUUGACAAGUACUGAUUUCCCACCGUCUUGAGAACACACAGGCUGCCUGCACCUAAUUCAAAACUGUUGACCUCCCAAGUUGAUACAAACGGUUGAUUUGCCUCGUAUGCAUACAGGAAAUGCUUUGGUUUCCUGUAUAUGUGAUGCAGUGGGUUAUUUACUCUGAAGUGUUUUACAGUCUUGUGAAUGGAGUGGUGUUUUUUUUCGUCCUACUGAUGUGGACAACAGGAGGGAUUACCAGUGCGUUCAGGGAACCUUUGUCCGAGGAUCAAGCCUUUCAGUUGUAUGUACAGCUCUAGUUUUCAUACUUAAGUUUUAUAUGUUAUCAUAUACACUGCUAAGUGUGGCUGUAAAGUGUAAUGCAGUGCACCCAUUCCUGAUUGCACCUUACAGUUACAAUUUUAUGUCCAUGCAUCAAUGUCGUAAAAUGGUUACAUGCAGAUCAGUUUUAUUGGAAUACCUACAAUGUUGAUUUGUCAGAUUCUGCUCUAGUUGUGCAAAGCUGAUGUCUUUGUUUGUGAUUAUAUUGAAGAAAAUUUCAUACUCAGUCCAAACUGCUUUAAAGGAUGACACAGGGAAAACCUUCAAAGCAGUACAAAAGCAAAGUAGUGUUGUCUCAUUGCAUGUUAUACUAACAGGCUGUAUUAGGAGCUGUUUGUUAUUUGCCCUCCUUCCUGCUGCAGCCAGCACAUUGUGUAAAUAUUUGGUUUGUGAAUUAAUUUGGUUGUCUCUUAGUUAGAAGGGACAGAUUUGACAGUUUAUCUUCAUUAAUGCAAGGUUGUGUGUAUGUGUCUAACAUCAGGCAACCCCCUCAUAGUUGACUUUAUUAUCAGAAGGCAGUAACCCACAUUGUUUUAGUAAUGUGAUCUUGGCUGAUUCUGCUUGUUCUCUCUGCAAUUAAAUGCUGCCUUCUCUUGUA